AUGGCCUUUUGUGCGCCAAAAGAGGAAGUGGAUUUGGGUAUUCAGCCUCUGAGAUCUUCUAUUAGUGCUAAUCCUGUAAUCACGGGUCUGAGCAAUGAUGAAGCUCGAAUAUCCUUACUUCACGAAGCUGAGAAAGUGCUGAUUGAACAGCAUCCUCGUGUCUCUUUAACUCCUGCUGUCAUUGGAUAUUUGUUACGGCCAGAGAAUAUCGUCACGUAUCUCAGCAUCCUGGGACUAUUAGCCGACUUUAUCUGCUCAAGAGUGUCUGGAUCAACCUAUGUCAGUCGUGAUGCUGCCAUCCUCGUAGAAGCUGUAUUAUUAGCAGUCGUCGCAACCUGGAAUCUAUACAUGUGGUCACGAGAAUUGCAUCUCACAGUCUUGGAAAUGAGAACUAGAGUGCAACGACUCUUGGACCAACUGAAUAUGUUUAGCCUUUCUCAGAAACAGGAGAUGAAGAUACCAACACAUAUUCCUACUGUAGCCUUGGUUCGAGUGUAUCGAAGUAAAAUGUGGCAAAAUCACCCUACAGGCUUACUAGUACAGGGAGAUGUCAUUCAGUUAUCAUUAGGGGAUACAACUCCCUGUAAACUUCAACUCUUACAACCAGUUUCAAACGGCUGGGUGUUGGAAAAGUUUAUUCUAUAUCGAAACGUAAUGUUGACUCCCAAAGUCCUCGAAUCUCCUGACGAAGAUGAAGCCGAAAUAGAUCCUGAAAGCCCUAUAAAAGCAUGGCCACCGAACGAAGGUGGAACUACUGCUGGACAAUACUAUUUUAAGGUACUCGAAACACAUAUAGGCGACACACUUAAAGCUGCUCUACUAAUACGACGACCUGAAACCAUCAUUGUACGGCAAUUACAAAUGCUGGGUAAUUUAUUCUCUCGAUAUAUUGUAUGGGUCAUGAUCCUGAUUCCCUUCAUCAUCAAUCUGGCUCGAUUCCUUAUACGGACGGAUGCAUACGAGGGUCCAAGAUACGCCCUCGCUGUACAAAUGUUGAUUACAUUACAAGUAUAUGUACUGUUACCGCUUCUACCAUUGUCGAUACCGACUUUGGCUAUUGCUGCUCGUAGUUACGGAAAUGCUCAAAUCUUGUCCUUGUUUGAUGCCUUGCAAACCUCCAAGGCGGAAUUCAAGGAUGAUGAAGAUGUUGAUGAGUUUGAUAUUGCUCCGCCACCUACAAAGGAUAUUCAUCUAGAUCCUCGUGUGGUGUGGAAGAAAUUCCUUGCUCAAAUGACAGAUAUUGAUGUUGGAUCAUUGGCAAGGACUACCGGACUGGUUGAGUCUUUGGCUAGUACAACCGUUAUAUGUGCUCUUGAUCGGGAGGGUACAAUUGCAUCGCCCAUCCCGUCUGUAGAACAACUCUUCUUCUUAGACCAAGAGGGAGAGCCUGUAGUCAUUGAUGUGAUCGAAGAUCAGAAUGAAGCUCAUGGCAUUUACUUUGAGGAUAGAGAUUGGGAGAAACACAUAAAAUUACUGAAGCCCUUGGGUCUGGAGACAUUGUUAAACACAGAUUGUACAGUCUUUCAAGGAAGGAAACGGAAUGAUAAUCAUCGGAAGUCCAAUAACAUGCAUCUACAUGGGCGUGUGCAACCAGCUCGACAGACAUGUUUGUGUCGAAUUGGACGUGAAAUUGGAUUUAUUGAUGAUGCUCUCAAGUCAUUCGUGUCUCGCAAAAUCAUUCAAACAUUUGCUCCGCUUCAUCCGAGUGUCUCACAAACUGAGGCACUCUAUCAUUUCGAGAUACCGAGCAUGUACUCUCAAGUGUUUGAAGAGACCAACUCUGGUACGUUGCAACUCUUUUCAGAUGGCACAUGGGAUCUAGUUCUCGAUCUAUGUGGUGAAUACUGGAAUGGAAAGACUUUGGAACUCAUGACUGAGAGUAUCGAGGAAGAAAUCAACGAGUUCGCUCAAAAGUGCAGUAUCGGUGAUAUGCAAGUCGUUGCAUAUGCAUACCGACCUGUACUCAAGUUACCGGAGAAUGUCACUGGCAAUACUCUAUUAGACGGUGACUUGGUCUACAUUGAACUUGGUGAUUCAACAGAAGAUCACCUCCACGCCAGCGAAUCUGGUCGAAUAUCACCACCACAUCUACUCUCACCAAUUACAUCUAGCACUGGCAAUGGCGUUCCAGUGGAUUUAAAUGGAGCACAACGACCAUCUAUAUCCUCACUUGAUCAGCAAACGCAGUCGAUUAUAAGCCGUUCUAAAGAUUACAGUGCUGGACAUUCACCCAUGGGUCAUACUAGACCUAUAACUGCUCGUAUAUUGAGCGAAGUUGAUUCAAUUGAUUCUGGAGUUGCUAUGGAGAAGGAUCGAUUCUUUAGAGAGUUGAUUAAGGGUCAGACUUUCUUGGGUAUGGCAGCCAUGUCGUAUCAACCUAAGUCUGAUGUGGUCUCCUUUAUUGAAGAUUUGAGGUUGGCUGGUAUACGAUUUGUAUACUUUUCAUCCUCUCCUGAACGUGAAAGCAAAUCAUUCGCAGGUGAAAAACUUGGUCUAGAGAUUGAUUGGAAUAGCUGUAUACUAUUAUCAUCCUCUGACUCCUCGUAUCUGGAUCCACAUGAUCGAAAAGCACAACUCCCACGUGGCAUAGAUAAUAUUCGAAAUCACAUCAAGAAUGUGGAUGAUAUCCCACUUCAUGUUUCCUUGUUUGCUGAAUGCAAUCCAAGGACUACACGAGAGAUGGUUAAAAUCUUUCAAGAGAAUGGAGAAGUGGUGUGUUGUAUUGGUAGUUCCCUUUAUGAUUCGAAUGUUGAGUUGUUUGCUGGUGCGGACAUUGGAAUUGGAGUAGAACCUCUAAGUGUUUUGAAAUCGCGAGGUCAUACAACAGGUCCUAUAUCACCACUAGUAGCUCAAUCUUCUUUUACGACUUUGCCGUGUGCACUCUACCUACAUUUCGAUACCUCAUUCUAUAUCUUGACUCAAGUUAUUGGAGAAGCGAGAACGUUGGCCGCUAAUGCUCGUCAGGGCUUUCUUUUCCUUGUUGGUGGACUAUCAUGCAUAUCAACCAUUCUAGUAUUUUCGUAUUGCUUGCUGUUACCGCCCAUCAUGACUGGCUAUCAAAUCAUUUGGUUAUCAUGGCUGAUGCUACCCUUAAUAUCCACGGCAUUCUUGUUUACUGAAGCAGAUGAAGAUGUUAUGAUUAUGAUGCCAGUCAAAAACCAAGAACACCUAAAAGACAUUUGGAGGUAUUCGUGGUAUCUCACUGCCAGAUUCUUGGUACCAGUAGGUACCACAGUGGCUGUUUAUGCCAUGAGUCUUGGUGACUUGAUUUAUAGGACGGAAGUGACUACAAUAUUUGGACCUUACGAAGUAUUGGACGAGAGGUCGAGAUGGGCUGUUCUAGUAGCGCAGAACUUGGGAAUUGUGACUUAUGUCUUGUGUGUCGGUAAGAAAAAAGUAAUCCACGCCGUCGAAUCGAUGAUCGACAACAGUAUAACAUUUGUCGUUUGCCUGCAGUAG